CAAAGCUCUUCUUUGACUAAAAGAUCCCUCACCUUAGGGAUCUCUGAGAACUAGCCAAGUUGUCUCUUCUUAAACCCGCUGCGACCCUUAUCCGGGUUUCAAGAACAUCCCUGCGGCUCACUCCGGUUCUCACAGCGCGAUUGCCAAUCAGCCAUCCUACCCCUCCCUCUUUAAUCAACGUUUCUCGCCGGUUCCCCGCCUGUGCGUUCGCAAAGAUGGCUAUCAAUUCCGCCCCCGAGAGCUCUCUCCUCUCCCUCCUCUACCGAUCAUACCCCGCCGCCAUUUCUCCUGACGCAACUGAGCCCGACCUCUACGCCACAAACACCAAGAUUUUCCCCCAGGUUACCCUCAGUGUCCCCGAGGAAGCCGACAUCAAGCAAUGGUUGGAUACAAUUUCUGGUCUGCAGCAUGCGCUUGCAAAGGAUGAUAAGGCUGUCAUCACAACCAUCCUGGCACAGUUGAACACCCACCUGGCCACGCGUACAACACUUCUUAGCUCGAAGCCCUCAGUGGCAGACAUCGCCUUGUACGCUGUGCUAGCGCCUGUGGUCGAGAAAUGGUCACCGGAGGAACGUACGGGAGAGCAGGGGUACCACCACAUCGUUCGCCAUGUCGAUUUCGUUCAGAACAGCCGUCUCUUCGCCCUGCAGAUCCCGGAGGAGGAGAAGGUCAAUAUUGAUGUGACUGAUGUGCGGUUCGUGCCCAAGCCAGUGGACCCCAAGGCUGAGAAGGAGCGCAAGAAGAAGGAGAAGGCUGCUGCCCAGAACACUGAGGGUGAAAAGACCCUAGUGGUCGGAAAGAGCAAGCCUGAAAAGGCUGCCAAGGGGGAUGACGCUACAGAGGCUCCCGCUGCGGCUGCUAAGCAGGAGGGCAAGCCCAAGAAGGAGAAGAAGGAAAAGAAAGAAAAGCAGCCUAAGCCUGCCCCUGCCCCUGCCGCGCCACUCUCCCCAUCCCUGAUUGAUCUUCGUGUCGGUCAUAUUCUCCGUGCUGUCAACCACCCUAACGCCGACUCUUUGUAUGUCUCCACUAUUGACUGUGGUGAUGCUCCCGGCAGCGAUAACACCUCACUGGAUGAAGCCACCGGCAAGACAGUCAGAACUGUCUGCUCCGGUCUGAACGGUCUCGUGCCCCUGGCCGAGAUGCAGGGCCGCAAGAUCGUUGCUGUUUGCAACCUGAAGCCCGUUACUAUGCGUGGAAUUAAAUCCGCGGCCAUGGUCUUGGCAGCCUCUCCCCGAGUGGCUGAAGGCGAAGACUCCCACGCAGGCCCUGUUGAGCUUGUUACACCUCCGGCAGACGCUCCUGCCGGUGAGAGGAUCUGCUUCGAUGGAUGGUCCGAGGGCGAGCCCGAGAAGGUUCUCAACCCCAAGAAGAAGAUCUGGGAGACCUUCCAGCCCGGAUUCACCACCACCGAGAACCUCGAGGUUGCCUUCGAGAGCAGCGCAGUCCCCGUUGCACAGAGCCAGGAAGGUAAGCCUGCUAUCGGCAAACUGCUUACCAAAUCGGGAGGUGUUUGCACAGUGACGAGCCUUAAGGGAGCUACCGUUCGGUAAAGAAAAGACGUCGUUAAAGUGCUAGAAGAACGGAAACGAAUCAAAAUUUCAAAUUAUCAAAUACAUUGACUAGAAAUGAAUACCUCAAUACCGCACUGGCUACUUAUUCAAUGAGAUAUGUACAUACUCCAAUCUUGCACAACAUAGUAAGGUAGU